GCUCGCACGCUUUAAAUGGCAUUCGCUGUCAUCCGAGCUCGCAGUCGUGUGGGCAGAGGCGGGCUAUAUAAGCGGCGAGGCGGGCCGCCGCGGGGCACACGGCGACGGCGACAGCAGCGGCAGGGAGCUUCCAGGAGCGCCGCGGAGUAGCGCAGCACAAUCCCGCGUCCCCCGACGGGCCCGCCCGCCCGCCAUCCCUCCACGGCAGCGCCGGCUCGGGCCAGCGAGGCCCGCCGCCACCCCGCAGCAGAUUUGGAUCCCCCGCCCGGAGAGCCUCAGGCUGCCGCCUCCCGGGGGACCCCGGAGUCGCGGCCGCCCCCGGAGAGCCCGGGCGCCCCGCCGCCCCCCGGCCCCGAAGCCACCGACGGCGCCAUGGCAGCCGCCAAACCUGGCGAGCUCAUGGGCAUCUGCUCCAACUACCAGGCGGUGAUGCCGCACUUCGUGUGCCUGGCCGAUGAGUUCCCGCAGCCCGUGCGGCCCGCCAAGCUGCCCAAGGGCAAGGGCCGGCUGCGGCGGCCGCGCCAGUCCCGCUUCAAGACGCAGCCGGUGACCUUCGACGAGAUCCAGGAGGUGGAGGAGGAGGGGGUGUCCCCGAUGGAGGAGGAGAAGGCCAAGAAGUCGUUCCUGCAGAGCUUGGAGUGCCUGCGCCGCAGCACGCAGAGCCUGUCGCUGCAGAGGGAGCCUCUCGGCAGCUGCAAACUGAGGAACAGCUUGGACUCCAGCGACUCCGACUCGGCCCUGUGA